CGUACAAAUAGAAAACGAGGAGGAAGAAGAAGACGAAAGGAAAAUGGCGACGUCCAUCUGUAGGACAUUACAAUUUCUCCAUCAGAGCACAUGUAACAGUUUAAAGUGUGUUGGGCCUUUUCUGGAUGUGCAAUGGCCCCAGGCUGCACUGGUUCCUGUUCGGACCAAGAAGCGCUACUUUAUCCCUCCGGCUGUGGGGCUGAAGGAAAAGUCACACUCCGAGCAGGAGGCGAGGGCGCGUGCUGCAGGAGUCGUCAUCAGGCAGGAGUACAUGGAGAGACCCAUCAACAUCUCAUGCACAGCCGGAAUCCUUGAUCCGUACAUCCCUCCUGAGGGUGAUGCUCGUCUCUCCUCUCUAUCCAGAGAGGGGCUGAAACAGCGCACAGAGCAGCUGCGACAAAGUGCUGCCUCCCAGCUGGCGAUGCGCAAAAUAAAGGAGCACGACCCAGAGUUCUCUACGAAAGGGUUCGCCUCACGAGCUCAGGAAAUCUUCAUCGAGGCUCAUUUGGCGCUGACGCAGUUCAACAAAGAGAAACUCCAUUCAUUGGUCACAGAAAGGUGUUACCCUGAGAUGGUUCGAGGAAACAGGUAUAAAACUCUGCGCUGGCGCUUUGUUGAGUCUCUGGAGCCGCCACGCCUGGUUCACGCCAGAUGCCCGGACAUGAUCACUAAGGGCAAUCUGUACGGGCAAGUGACUAUCCGCAUGCACUCCAGACAGAUGUUGGCGAUUUACGACCGGUUUGGCCGCUUGAUGCUGGGAGAUGAAGAGGAGCCCAGGGAUGUCCUGGAGUACCUGGUGAUGGAGAGACACCUGGUCAACCCGUAUGGCAUCUGGAGACUACACGGCAAGAUUGUCCCGGCAUGGGCACCACCUAAAGAACCCAUCCAUAAGACUCUUAUGAUCCCAGGUCCCAAGCUUAAACCAGAAGAGGAGUUUGAGAGUCUGAAUUACGAGGUGCCAAAGCCCAAAGCAGUGCAAUGGCAUAAAUAAACCACACGGGGAAGAGAUGUUUGAUUGUCUUUGUACAGAUUUAAUUCUUAACUUGUGAAAUAAACCAAUGUUCCUGAAACUGUA